GAUAUUCUAUAGCUUUAUCACUUGCACUGCUGCGUUGACACUCUUCGGGCUCGGUCUAUCAGUCGCUCAUCUGGUUAUCCUUUCUGAUGCCAAUGGAGGCUUCGUAGGUAUAGAGGCAAGUCCUAUGACCAUAGUAGUACUGGUGUAUUGUGCCCUAUUCAUGUGGUUUACAGUGGGGCUCUUCCUCUACCACACUUAUCUGGUUUUCACGGCCCAAACAACGUAUGAGCAAAUUAAAGGGGUAUAUUCACUUUCCCAUGGUUGCAUCGACAAUCCCUAUUACCGAGGCCCAGGUGGUAAUAUGAUGUACGGUGUCGCUAAGGCCCGACGGAAGGGAUCUAAGUUCGACAGGAGGAAGGGGACUGUGGUUUUACCAUCGACCUUCCCCCCAGUGGUACUACCAUGCAUGCACAGUGGCCUUGAUGAUGAUACUCAUAAGACGGUCGAGGACACACCUCUCGAGGACUUUUGCGUAGGUGCCUUUGGUAAGGUCUUUGCCUCUACCGAAUAA